AUGAAGCUCAGCCCCUGGUCGACUCAUCAACGGCUUCCCCGACAGCUUCCUGGCAACGUCUCUCCCGAUGUGAUAGCUCAAUUGGAUUUCACUGAUAAAACGACACUUGUUCCUGUGAUAUGGGCUAUCGUGUUGCUUGAGGCGGUAGUAAUUACCGUUGUGGUUGUAGCACGCCUCAUAGUUCGUCGUGUUGUCAUAGGCCGGCUUUUCAUGGACGAUGCUCUGAUAGUCACCGCCAGCUUAUUUACAUUGGUAUUUGGCGGAAUAAUUCUUGCUGCGACGCAAUUUGGUCUCGGACAACACGUUUGGAAUCUCAACUUCGCAACAAUACUUCCUACAGUCAAACACUGUAUCCUCUUCAUGUUCAUCGGAAACUCUCUUUCGGCCUGCGCUGUCGCCUUCACGAAAUUAUCAAUCAUCAGUUCAUACUUGCGCGUAUUCCCACACCAGAGUUUGCGCAUCACGAUGUAUUUCACAAUGGCCAUUACGAUCGGGUUGAUGCUAGCCUCAAUACCGGUUACCGUCUUUCAAUGUGACCCAUGCUACGACUUCGUCGAUUUCCUCUAUGCGAGCACCGCUAUUAGCACGGCGACAGAUCUCAUAUUAUGCACUGUCCCUAUCCGAUACCUCUGGUCUCUCAAAAUACCCAAAAAGCAGAAGAUAAUUGUGUCCUUUUUGUUCUUCAUAGGUGGAAUGGCAUGCGUCGCGAGCAUUGUCAGGCUGGCCUUCUUGUCUCAAUUGCGCAAACCAGUGGAUGUACUGUACAAUCUAGUCACCUCUGUCUUGCUGACCAUAACAGAGUGUACAAUCGGUGUCGUCUGCGUGUCCUUACCUUCGCUCCGACCAAUCUUCGCGAAGUGCCUUCCAGGCCUCUUCAACUCAAGCGGUCAUACUACCGUCAAGUCUUCCGUCGCGAGGAGGGAAGCAUACGCUAUGGGCGUCUUACCUUCUAAGUCGACAGCAGAACGAGUUGGCGUCAAUGAAAUGGACGAAACGAACAGUCACUCGGGAUUCGAGUCGAGCCCUCCUUUCGAAAUGCCAUGGACAGAUACAUAUUUCCUACACGCGAGCCACAAGCGUGCGUCCCUGUCAUCCUCGGAUUAUGGAACUGGGAUAGCGAUGUGA